AGUUACAGAGGUCAGAGGUCAUAAAAUGGCAAGUGCCAACAUGGCGAGUGUGCGAAUCUCUCCCAUCGGUUUUGUAGUGAUUUUCCUCCUGGCCGGGGCAGUGAUCCUCUACGUCCAGCGAUCGUGGAACGGAAAGGAAGAACGGGAAGCCAAGAUCGUCAGGCCGGGGCAGACGGUCAGCCUGCGGCAGCUGCUCUCGGCGGGAAUCGACGCAGCCGAGCGCGGCGGCUUAGAAGUCAAGAAAGUGAUGGAGGAACAGAAGUUGAACGAGAAGAGCAAAGGCGAGACACGGGAAGGCGCGAAUAACCCAGUGACAGAUGGGGAUAUGAGGUCACACAAAGCCAUGGUACACAGUCUCAAGAAGACAUUCCCGCUUCUAAAGAUUGUGUCGGAAGAGAAAGAAGUUGGAAGUUGGGACGACAGCAAACUGCUGCUCCUCGAAACGAAACGGUCGGACGUAGUGACCAUGGUGCAGGAGGAUGAGAUGGUUCCAUUUGAUGACAUCACCGUUUGGAUCGAUCCAUUAGAUGCUACGCAAGAAUACACAGAAAAAUUGCUGGAGUAUGUGACCACGAUGGUGUGUGUGGCGGUGCGCGGAGUACCGACAAUCGGUAUCAUCCAUAAACCAUUCAAGACCAAUGACAAGACAGUGUGGGCAUACGUUGGCAAGACCCACUCGCCCAACCUAAAGCUUCCCAUCAAGAAGGCGGCGGAGGAGCUCACGACAAGUCCAAAGAUCAUCGUGUCGCGCUCGCACCAGGGUGCUGUGGAAAGCGUUGCCAAGAAGUCCUUCGGGGAGAAAACCGAAGUCAUCCCUGCCGGAGGUGCUGGAUAUAAAGUGUGGUCCCUCUUUGAAGGCAAAGCUGAUGCUUACAUCCACACAACGUUGAUCAAGAAAUGGGACAUUUGCGCCGGCAACGCCUUAUUGAACGAGGCCAAAGGUCGCAUGACAACCCUGAAAGGGGACGGGAUCGACUACCACUGGAACCCCACCUCACCGAACCCCAAAAACGAGGGCGGGCUGUUGGCGACGCUCUGGGAGCAUGAGAUGUUCCUGGAGAGGCUGAAACCUGUGGUGGAUGCGAAGCAGCGGUAGCCGCUGCGAAACGGAGCAGUGAUCGUCAGUUGCGCCUUAGCCGAGGCCUGUUCACACUUCUGGCGGACGCAAAACGAAGUUGACUCCGCAAAUUGUUUGCAUUGAAAGUUGAAAUGCAGACAACAAUUUGAAAGUCACUGCUUGAGUUUGUGAUCGUUUUUGCUUUUGCUAAGGUGUGAACCGGCCUGUACUCAUGAAGUUUUGUUACUCUUGGCUUUUUAACACUUGUCAUCUCAAUGUCAUCCCAGCUUUGUCUCUGACAUCAAAAUGGUCAUCGGUCUAUCAUGUUCAAACUGAUUGAACGUAGUUCAUUUACAUAUCCUAGGUUAAUGGCACUCAGUUUGACGUUCCUGUCCUGAAUUACCAAUUUCAAGCGAGAUUAAAGCUCAAAUUUGGGGGAAAGGGAAUCCAUCACAGCUGGAAACAGACAGACCUGAGAUUCCCCCAAACCUCAUUUAUUCUUCAUCAUACAUGCAGUGUAAAGAUGUGCUAUCUCCUCUUUGCGCAAUCCAUUGAGGGCACUGUGACUUAUGCAUGUCCGAGCCACAGUGUACGAGAGCGUACACUUGAGUAAACAUAUGUAUUGCCCUGUAUACGGUUGCUCUCGUUGAGUUGAAGCACUCUACUGUUCCAAACAUUACUAAUGUUGCAUUUUUUCCACAAAAAUUGCCAAAGUCCACCUGUCAUGGACCAAGAUGGAAUUGGCUUGUGUUUAAUCAAACAGCUAGUUCUUAUGCAGCUGUAGAGUUCAAAACAAGACGUAAAGUGAAGUUAGACUUUCGGCAAUAUCAUUGAAAAAGCCUAUUUUUGUGAUUGGGGGUGCUAGAAGAUUUCAUCUUGUAGAUGUAAAUUAAAAGGAAUGCAAUUUGUGUUAUUUGUUCUGUGUAAAUCUGUAGCCUAACUUUCUUUCUGAAAUUGUUGCGUAUGUCUGAUUCUCAGAUUUGUUCUCAAAAUAUGGCACCCUCUGGUGGUAGAAAAUGGGCAUUUAAUGCAACUUUUACUUUCUUUUCCAAUCUGCCAUCCAGCUGGUUUUAAUGAGAAUUGGUCAGGAUGGAUUUGUAGGCUUCGGCAUAGAUGCAGGACACUGAAAACUGUUUUAUUGCCGAUUUAAUUAGGGCCAAAGACUUUCGGUCAUAUGCUGCCAUCCUGUGGUGUGUCAAAGUUUUGUGUCGGGUUUUUGCAUCUCCGAAACUAUUAAAUAGCAACUUGACCAAAUUUCUUAACUUUUUCGUAAAUAAAUAGGAGCCCUUUUUUGUAUUUUCUAAUGUAGACAGAAGAAGUAAAGAAUCGAAGUUUACUGUGAAAUUUCAAAGGAUAAAUGAUUACACAGAACUGUUAGGGUUUAAGAGAAGUUGAUAUUUGUAGUACAUGUAUGUAUUCUGUGUAUCUGAAAACGUUUUAAAAAAAGUAAUGCAAAAAAUUUUCAGCCAGUGGAAUUUGUUUCGAAGAAUGAUACUUGUUCAUCUGGAAAUAAAAAGUGUUUGUGGGGGGAGCGCCAUCAUGGAGGGAAGGCUAUUGUGAUGUGCUGGUAUAGACCUUUUUCACCAACGUGACUGGAUUGCGCCAAAUGUAAACAAUCCCACCACGUGUGGACCGCCUUGGCCACGGUGAUCACAUACAUUCCUACGGGCAGCUUCAACCACGUGGAAGCCCACGUGCGAACACCGCAUGCUUGACUACUUUAUCUUGAAUAAGUAGAUUACUAUCGCAACACUGCAUUCAUUACCAUCGCAACACGUCUCGAUCUAGCACGAUUGUGACAUCACAGGAAAAAGGUCAAUACGAGUAGCUACUCUGCACUUUUAUUGUCACUGAAUUUACAUAACAGAAACUGUCCUCCGUGAUGGGGGCUCAGUGCAAGCCCUCUAUAGUACAAUCAUGUUUUCCACCAGGCUUUUGUUACUAAAACGUCGAGAAAUAUUGAAAUGCAACACAUAUUGUUGGUACUGAUUACCAGAAACAAGUCAUGAAAACAGGUUUUGUACAGUUAGCACUGAUGCAUCAGGUACAUGAAUGGUUUUAAUUGUGGUUUUCAAUGUAGAAAACACGGGCAUUUCAAAUUGCGAGCGGCCAUAAAUUUUCAUAGGUUUGUGGGAACUAAUUUUUCUGAAAUACUCGCUAUUAAUGAUGGAUUGGUUCUCGUUUUUGACUUUCCUUCUCUUUGUUUCGUUCAGCUUUUGGUUUGUGGGCUCUUGUCCUUGUUAGAAACGAAGAAAAUUAUGUAAUGGUGGUACUUACACACAGGUGCGUUUUAUAUUCAAAUCAGGUGCCAUACGUAGUUCACAGUGUGAAGAAGUUGUUAGUCGUCAGUCCACAGAAUUGAUAACUGAAGCACUUUUGUAAUGGCGAUCGAGCUGACGACUCCAGUAUUUAGCGUGGAGGAAGCGUUGUCUUUCAAUUAUCCGGCAGUAACGGUCUUUCCACCAGCUGCUGGUUCAGAGGCAAAUUCUUGCCAGUUCUCUCCUUGGCGAAUAAAAAAAGAGAUAUGGCAUAUUA